UGUGUGUUUAUGGGCGCAAAGAGAUGAUUCGUAUCGAGACCCAAUAUUUUAGAUUAAAUCGAAUUCUUUUACUUGCAGUUGGUUUAUGGCCCUAUCAACGUUCAAAACUCGUUCAAUUUCAGGCAACUUUGCUUUUUGGUAUCCUGAUAAGCUUCAUCAUAUUGCAGUUUACAGUAUUUUUCACUACAAAAUGCACACCAGAUCUUGUCAUCAGAAUUUUAUCUUUUAUAUUAUUUUUUAUUGCGUUUAUGAUUAAAUACAAUUCAUUUUGGAUCAAUACUAAAACUGUGAAAUGUUUAUUGGAGCAGCUUCAACAAAUCUAUAAUGAAUUGAAAGAUGAAAAUGAAAUGGUCAUUAUAAAGAAAUACGGAUACAAUGCAAAAUGUUAUACGAUUAGAAUUAUACUAAUUACAGUGUGCAGUGUAUUCGUUAUUUCUUUCCUGUCAAUUUGGCCGCGUCUUCUCGAUAUCAUUGUGCCCAUGAACGAAUCCCGACCACAUUAUGAAAUAGAAUUCAUUGCUGAAUAUUUUCCCGAUCAAGAAAAAUAUUAUUACGUAAUUAUACUACACAUGAAUGCAGCCAUUUGCAUAGGAGGAAUCGCAUUUAUAGCAACAGGAACAAUGCUCAUUGCAUAUCUCAAACAUGCUUGUGGAAUGUUUAAAAUCGCCAGCUAUCGUAUUGACCAGGCAAUAGCGAUCAACUUUUUACAAAAUAUCGAGAAGAAUGAAAUUAUAACUUAUAAAAAAAUAACUUAUGCAGUAGAUAUCCAUCGAAAAGCUAUGAAAUUUGCCGAAUAUUUGAUAUCCAAUUUUGAGGGAUCAUUCUUCGUUUUAAUAGCAGUGACUGUCUGUUGCCUGAGUCUGAAUCUUUUUCAAAUCUAUCGAGCUGUAUUGCUUCAAGAUAACGAAAAAGAAUUUUUACUACACUUUUUGAUAGUAUUUAUUAUACUUCUAUACAUGUUUUUAGCCAAUUAUGCCGGGCAAGAAAUUAUAGAUCAUAAUAAUCAUAUAUACAGCACUGCAUAUAAUAUUCAUUGGUAUGUCAUGCCGUUACACGUACAAAAAUUGAUAUUAUUUUUAUUGCAAAGAAGUAGCAAAUCUUUCAGUCUAAAUAUCGGUGGAUUGUUUGUAGCAUCCUUACAAUGUUUUGCCUCGCUCAGUAGUACAUCGAUAUCUUACUUCACUGUCAUAUAUUCUACGCAGUAAAGUGAA